AAGUUGACGUUUAUAACUUUCGGUUUUAAACUCGAGAGUUUACAAACUUUUGAUUUUCAUAACUUCCCGAAAAAGUAGAAGUUAAGAAGAAAACUUUUGUUUUAUAUAUUAAAAAAAAAUUAACAAAAAUGUAUCGAAGAAAUUAUUUUUGGGAAAAUUCGGCAUAUUCAUCUUCAAGUAGCGAAGAUGAAGAAAGUCUGCAAAUUGAGAGACGGGAAUAUAAAAUGUUCAAACGCAUUCAAUUAAACACGUGGGAUGACCUAGACUUUUUGCAUCCUUUCCGUCUCUCAAAACGCACGACAAUGAUGGUGCUAGAAGAAAUAAAGGAUUCCUUGCCGUGUGAUGAAAGGAGGUAAAAUUUUCUCGUUUUGGUUGAAGUGUGGAAGUGAAAUAUUUUUCAUUUUUCUAAAAAGAUCACGCGAAUUACGAUCUAUCACGCAAUUGCUAAUUGCAUUAAGGUAUUAUGCGCUUGGAUCUUUUCAACUAGCAAUCGCGGAUUUUUCAGGGGUUUGUAUUACAAGUGUACACGUUGUGUUGAAACGUGUGUCCAGAGCUCUUGCCGAACUUUCCCCACGGUAUAUUCAAAUGCCCCAAACGCAAAACGAGCGCUUGAAAGCAGCUAAAGAAUUUUUUGCAGUGGCAAAGUUCCCUCGGACUAUUGGUGCAAUAGAUUGCACCCAUAUUCGAAUUCAAUCGCCAGGUGGAACAGAUGCAGAAAACUUCAGAAAUCGAAAAGGGUGGUUCUCGUUGAACGUCCAGACGGUGUCUGCAGCUAAUUUAAAAAUUAACGAUAUCGUGGCUCGGUGGCAGGGGUCUGCUCAUGAUCAGCGAAUUUUCAACAUGUCGAGUCUAAAGAAACGGUUUGAAGACGGAGAGUUCGAGCAUUUUAUCCUUGUUGGAGAUUCGGGCUAUACAAAUACCACCUUUCUUGCAACACCAUUUCUCAAUGUCACAAACGCAGUAGAAAACUUGUAUAACGAAUCACAAAUUCGAACUCGCAAUUGUGUGGAACGCUCAUAUGGCGUUUGGAAAAGGCGGUUUCCAGUUUUAGCAACUGGAUUGAGGUGUAGGCUUGACACUGUUCAAUCAGUAAUAGUGGCUUGUGCCGUUCUCCAUAACAUUGCCAUCGACGAAAACGAAUCACAACCGCCACCGGAGAUGUAUGAUUUUGCUAAUAUGCUGGCCGCUACAGAUGUUCCUUCAGAUACGCUUUUGGGAUCAGCUUCCGCAACUACUCAUAACGUUCGCGCUCGAUUGGUGCGUUCAUAUUUUCAGCCAAUGUUAGAUAUGUAGCUAAAUAUGAUAUUU